AUGUUUACUAGUAAUACAAACCAUUUUCUAAUACUAAUUAUGGUUCUUUCAUUACUCUUAAACAUUCAAAGCCAAGAAACCAGACAAAACCAGAACAUGCCAGAGAUACCACAAGGUGUAACUCCAAGUAAAGGUGUUGUAAUAAUUGUUCUUUCCGUUAUGUUUUUCAUCACUUUUAUCUUACUAGUUUAUGUCAAAUUCUGUCGUGUUACUCCUCUUCAUCUUAUACACCAGAACCCGCUUAAUCAAGGAACAACUCGAUCGCGGUCUAUAGUUUUCGGUGUUGAAAAGAAAGUGAUUGAAACACUUCCUUUCUUUAAAUUUUCUUCUUUGAAAGGAUCCAAACAAGGACUAGAAUGUACUGUUUGUUUGUCGAAAUUUGAAGACGAAGAGACGCUUAGAUUGUUGCCGAAAUGCAAGCAUGCUUUUCAUAUGAGUUGUAUUGAUAAGUGGCUUGAAAGUCACUCUACUUGUCCUCUUUGUAGGUACAUGGUUGAAGAAAAUGACAUAAGAAACUUCACUUUUUCGUUCAGUUCAAGAUUCUUAAGAGUUCCUUCGAAUCUAAGUGAAGAUCCAAAUCUUGAGAUUUUUAUUCAGAGAGAACGUUCUCAAAGAAAGAGUAAAAGAGAAGAACAAGAACUGGUUCUUGAUCAUGAAGAAAGUGGUAGCAGUCAUGUUACAAAGUGUAAUCAUCAUCAUCAACAACAACAACAACAACAACAACAACAGACUUUGCAUAUGAUUAAUCAUAGAAUAUUGAUCUCUGAUGUUGUUACAAGGAGUAGAUGGAGUGAUCUCAACUCUUCUGAUUUGUUAUCAUUGAAAAGUGAGAUGCUUCACGAUGUGUCAAGUGCAAGAUUUUCUCCUGAUGAGGAUGAAAAUUCUUUUACAGCAUUGAAUCCUGGUGAGAAGAGGAGUAUGUCUGAGAUUUCAAAUGUUCCGAGGUUUGUGGAAAUUAACAACAGAAGAAGGAAUGGAAAUGAUGAGAGAUUGUGGAGGAUUUGGUUGCCGAUUGCAAGGAGAACAGUUCAAUGGUUUGCAAGACAAGAAACAAACUCGGUUCAGUUAUUGCAACAUAAACAUUUAGCUUCAAAUGUUUGA